GCCGUGUCGACUCAGACCAACUUGAGCCAUUCUUGCCAUUGGGCCGGUCUCUCCGUGUUCUGCACCUCGCCACCCCCUUUUACUGCACAGAAUUCGACGCGAUCGCGAAAUUGCGCAGGAGGCUUACUCGGAGAAUUCACACCACAGUUAUGAUGAGCGCCCUGAGUUAUUGGCUGAAACCGUGGCCUCACGAUAGUAUAUGAAGGAACCUGCAAGGUCCGUCAGCGUUGUCAAUUGACACACGUUUCUCUCAUCAGCGUUGAGUCUGUAACGAUGGUCCAAUGCGAGCACACUUUCUGGCUAGAACUUAGCCAUGAAAUGGCUGCGGCUCAGGUCUUUUAUGGAUCAAGACUUUCUCGAUUGGUGAACGAGCUCUGGGCUCGGUCAGAUACUACAUGUUUGACGAGGUGUGGAGCUUGCUCGGGGACACUGGUGUAGGUUUUCAUUGUCGAACUCUCUGUCAAAAUAUACCGCCUGGGACCGGUGCGCGGAUUGUGACCUCGACGUCGAGGAUACUUCCUGCAAUGGGGCGCUUUUGCCUCCGUGACAGUGACACGCGCAUUGAUAUCACUGCCAUGGAAAGGCCUCGGCAUGUCGUUGUGUCCUCGUUCGAGAUGCAGGAGGGGGAACAACGCCUUGAUACCCUCGCCCGCCUGAUCGCUCCGAUGCUAUCCCAGAAGAAGACCAUAAUCUUCACUAACAGGCUCGACGAGGCCGGAGCUGUGCAAGAGUCCCUCUCCGCGAGGUUCCCUGGUUGUGCAAUCGGGCUGUUGGCGAAAAGUAUCGGCACACAUAACAGAGAAAUCCUUCUUGACGCCUUCCAGGGUGGGCAGUACCACGCAGUUGUUACGUGCCGUCUUUUCUACGCAGGAGUCGACCUCAACAGCGAGAUUCAGUGCGUGGUUUUCUACACCCCUCCUCCAACCAUAACCACACCAUCACGGGUCGCCUCCGGCUAACCGCAGCGGGCGGCGAGAUGAUUACCAUCCUGGACCCAGAGGCAAAGGAGGAAACGGAGCGGAUGGAGAACAUCAGGCGAGAGUUACGCGAUCUUCAACGCUCCCACGCGUCCGUCUUCGACAAUACCACGAGUCUACGGCCUUCUCUCAACAGCUCGACAGCGGCCAGCUCUAAACUCAUUAUUCGCGGGCUAGCAAACGAGGUGAAUGUCCAAGACUUGAUGGGUGCGUUGCAGCGAUUCCAGCCAGUGCGCGCUGAAGUUGAGCCGGCUAAGCUUGACAACCUGAGGAGUGCCACAACGGCCUUCGUCUGGUUCCCCACGGAGCCCCUCGCCACGCUUUGCCUGAGGGAGAUAGACGGGGCCCGCCUUUGCGGGACCAUGGUGAUGGUUGGGUACGCGCUGGAGAAGAAAAGAAAG